AUGGCAUACAAGCGGCCACGCGCGCCUUCCCCAACCAACGCCCAAAAGCGCUCUCGCGGUGGACCAGCAACCUACAUAACUCUCGGCACCGAGCUUCCUGACGAAGAUGGAGAUGAUGGGGCUUUUGUCCCUGUCUGGAAGCAGACUGUAACUGACGAGAGGGGACGAAGGAGACUCCACGGCGCAUUCACGGGAGGUUUCAGUGCAGGAUACUUUAAUACAGUUGGAUCUAAAGAAGGAUGGACUCCGAAAACAUUCGUUUCCUCACGCGCAAACCGCAACAAGGAUCAGCCCAAUGGCCAGACACAGCGAGCCGAAGAUUUCAUGGACGAUGAGGACUUGGCGGCAGCAGCAGAGUCACGCCAGCUCGAGACUGCGCAGAACUUCGCUGGCAUAGGCGAGGCUGGACGAGCCAACGACGAUGGACUGUUCGGCCUGUUUGUAACACCUGAAGAGACAAUGGGCGUCAAGAUCGCGCAGAAGAUGGGCUGGCGACGAGACCAGGGCAUUGGUCGCAAAGUGCGCCGGAAUGCUGACCUUGAAGAUGGCGCAUCAGGAUUCAAGGACGACUCAGCUCAUAUGUUUGCUCCUCAAGAUGCUCGAAUAAUGACCUUGCCUCGAGAAGAGGUCCAUCGCAAAGGCUUGGGAUAUACAGCAGAAGCUCGCUUGGGCGUUGUGGAGGAAGAAGCUGGGGAUCAUUCAUCCAAGUUCGAUCUGCACUAUCUUGAGGGUCCGAAGAAAACAUCAACGGUAAAGAAGCCUUCGCCAAAGAAGUCCUCUUUUGGCGUUGGCGUUCUCAACGACACGGGUUCAGACGAUGAAGACCCAUACGAACUAGGCCCGAAGAUUACAUUCAACAAAACCUUAGGCAAGGAGAAAAAAGUAAAGAAACCUAGCAAGUUCGCCAAAGCAGGAGCGGGAGAAAAGCUUGUCUUUAUUCCCAAGAAGAGUUUGUCGAAGAGUUUGGUCUCGCUAAGCAGGCCAUCUGUAGAUGGGAGGUCUCCAUUGAGUGGUUUUACAUUCGCGACUAGCCUCACAGACCUCACGAGCAAGCCUAAGUAUCCUCCGCCGAAGAUACCACCUGGUUGGAAAUCGUCCAAGAGUGUCACUCCAAUUCCGGAAUCGAAAGACUACCAAUCUGUAGCCGACGCAGCGAAGGCUUCAACGCUGGAUGCAAAGGGUCGUUCGGCACUUUUGGGUGAGAAAGCCUUGCCCGGAAAGUCUAUCUUCGACUUCAUACCUAAAGACGCCCGAGACCGUUUGGCUGCAAUAUCUGGUAAAGCUGAUCUGCCUCAAGGCUUGGGAGAAGCUGCUCCUGAGGGACACUUGCCUGCGAGCAAAGCCCAACCGAAGGAUCUCUGGAGCCUCGUACCUACACUUGAGAAGAGCCUGGCAGCUGCGGCCCUGGCUAAGGGUGCGACUGGCUGGAUGCCGUAUGCUGAAGACAUGCAGAAGCGUGCACGUUACGUCGGUUUCCUAGAAUUGAAGGCGGGGCUGAAGGAAGACCUACCAGAACGGAGAGAUGGUGUAUCCGUGUCAGAUUGGGUCAAAGAGUUGCAAGAGUUUGCACAUGCUGCUGAGGUGUUCAAGCCCACGACCGGCAUCAUGGCAUCCCGGUUCACGUCUGCGUCGUCCUCGACCUUGGAGGGAAACAGUGGUGGGACGGCGAAAGACAAUUUAUUACGACAGCCAGCCGCAAAGCCAGAGGAUCCAGCAGAGCAAGCUGCGAAGCUGGGCAUGUAUGGUCCGAUGACUCGAAGCAGUUUUCCUUUUUACCCGUCGCGGCUCUUAUGCAAGCGCUUCAACGUCAAGCCUCCGCCGGAUAUGCCGCCUGAGUUUGACGCUGGUGAAAGCCAGUUCAAAUCGCAGACGGAGGAAGCCGUGUCCAAGUCGGCUAUGGAAAAGCUGCAACAUGAGUUCUUGACCAACGGUCCUGCUCUCCAGCGGCCGGCCUGGAUGGGCCAAACAUCCGAGGCUUCUACUCCUGUUGCUGCUGCGACUGCUCAACAAAGCGAGCACGCAGUCGUGGACGUGGAGAAGAACGACGCCCUGUCGAACGAACGGGCUUCCGAGGAUGUAUUCAAAGCCAUCUUUGGAGACGAUGACGAUGAUGAGGACUGA